UUUCCUCAGCUGUCUGCUGUCAGUCUUGCUUUUCAAUUUUUCAUUUUAUUUUUCCGGUUUUCGCAAAAAUGAGAAGCGUUUUCAGAAGAUUACUUUCUGCUAGCAAUUUGUCGUUAGUUAGGAGUAAUAAUGUACGCUAUUGCUCAAAAGAAGUGGAGAAAAAGAAAGAUAAGGACGAUGAGGAUGAAGUAAAGAAAAAUAUCGUAAUAGAAAAGUUUGGAGCCAUUACCACUCUAAACAUUGACCGUCAGCACACUAGGAACAGUUUAGAUGAGGUAACUCUCCGUGAGAUGACUGCUGCAAUCGAAGCCUUCGAUAAAGAUGAAUCGGCUAAAGUCCUGGUGUUCAAUGGAGAAGGAGGCUCCUUCUGCUCCGGUUUUGAUAUAGACGAGAUUGGGGAGAAAGGGUACAAUAAUGUUAAAGAUGCAGCAUCGCGUCUCUUACGCCGCCCACUCUGUGACAAAGUGACCAUAGCAGCAGUGUCUGGGUAUGCAGUAGCCGAGGGCUUCGAGCUGGCGUUGGCGUGUGAUCUGCGUGUUGUUGAAGACACUGCUGUGCUGGGAUGCCUGGGCAGGAGAUUUGGGGUUCCCCAAGGCAUGUUUGGUGGCAGGAAGCUGACUGCACUCAUCGGUCUGUCACGAGCGCUAGACUUGCUGAUCACUGGCAAGCUGAUUACUGGGACAGAGGCACACCAGUUCGGACUUGCGUCUAAGCUCACGGCUACUGGUACAGCAUUAGGCGAAUCAAUAAAACUGGCCAAAUCUCUCUCGAAGUUUCCACAAAGCGCGCUCAUAAUGGACAAAUUAGCCGCAGUGAACUCGCAACUCAACCCCAAUAGUGAGGAGAGUAUGAGAGACGAGGCCGUCAUGACCAGCCUGUUGGGAAACGCCAUAGAUGACAUCAACCAGGGCGUCAAGAAGUUCCAAGGAGGCAUCGGCAAACACGGCAAGUUCUACAAACUGACUGAAGUGCCCCUCAAGGACUGGGAACUAGAAGAUACGUUUGAAGAAGUAACAGUGGAACACGUAGACUCCCCUGCAGAACCCCCCAAACCCACCGAGACUAAAGAAGACGCUCAGAACAAGUGUGAUAAGUUUACAGAAGAAAAGAAAAAGUCGUAAACUAGUAUUAAGAUUACGGUUAAGUUUUUGUAUUGUUUUUUAACUUAAUGCCCUCUAGUCAACCGUUUUGGUUUAAUAAAGUUAGUU